AGCAGCAUCUCUCUAUGAUCUAUUAAUGUUAAUUCCAGGUAGUGGUCAGCAGUCAGUGACCGGUGUGUCCGCAGCGGAGGACAGUAACAGUUACUGGAGUGUGCGAGGCACCAGUGAUGCUGCAUGUCAUCGAGGGACUCUGGUACAGUGUGGACAGAACAUCCGAUUAACCCAUGUGAACACAGGCCGCAAUCUACACAGCCACUACUUUACCUCUCCUCUUUCUUCAAAUCAGGAGGUCAGUGCCUUUGGUGAGAACGGCGAGGGUGACCAUCUGGACGAGUGGACCGUUCUGUGUGCAGGCCCUGUGUGGCAGCGGGAUGAGUCCGUUCGGUUCCGCCACACGGCCACUGAGGCUCUGCUGUCUGUGACGGGGGAACAGUACGGCAGACCCAUCCACGGCCAGAGAGAAGUGCAUGGCAUGAUGGUCAGCAGCUCACACAGUUACUGGAAAUCAAUGGAGGGCGUCUUCAUGAAACCCAUUGAGACUGGAUCCAGGGAUUUCAGCCGUGUAUUACAUACUGAGUUUUAAUGAAACGCUUCAUACAAGCUGAAUCUGCUGGACUCUUCAUUUUAUAGAUUUCUAUUGUUUUUUUUCUUUACGUACUGGUCCAGAAGAGGAGCCUUGAGCUGUUAUGAAAAACAGUUUCAUAAUCAAA